GAGGAGGAGCUGGGACUGUGCUCAUGUGACCGGUGGCGGCUCAGGCAGCGCCGCAGCUGCUUUUCCGUUCCCCACUCGGGAGAGCCGGCCGGGGAGUGACUCCGCCGGACGAUGCGAAGCGGCGUCUCCCCACGCAGAUGAUGGCGAUACGAGAACUGAAAGUGUGUCUGCUUGGAGAUACUGGGGUUGGGAAAUCAAGUAUAGUUUGUCGAUUUGUCCAGGAUCAUUUUGAUCACAAUAUUAGCCCUACUAUUGGUGCUUCCUUCAUGACUAAAACUGUGCCUUGUGGGAAUGAGCUUCAUAAAUUUCUGAUCUGGGAUACAGCUGGUCAGGAGCGGUUUCAUUCCUUGGCACCAAUGUACUACCGAGGAUCAGCAGCAGCUGUUAUAGUAUAUGAUAUCACAAAACAGGAUUCAUUUCAUACUUUGAAGAAAUGGGUAAAAGAAUUAAAAGAACAUGGUCCUGAAAACAUUGUCAUGGCCAUCGCUGGAAACAAAUGUGAUCUUUCUGAUCUCAGGGAGGUACCUAUGAAGGAUGCCAAAGAAUAUGCAGAAUCUAUAGGUGCAAUUGUUGUUGAAACCAGUGCAAAGAAUGCUAUUAACAUUGAGGAACUCUUUCAAGGCAUCAGUCGACAAAUUCCACCCUUGGACUCUCAUGAAAAUGGCAACAAUGGAGCAAUCAAACUUGGAAAGCAGACUACACAGACCACUAGACGGUGCUGCUGACCCAAAAUGGCCUGUUUUGAUUUACUUGAAAAGAAUAAAAUAAAAUGCCAUUUGCGUAUUCAUUGAGCAAAAGGGUAUCACAACCUCAGUGGCAUGGCACCUUGCCGUGAAAGCAAUAAUUUCAAUACUGUGUGCCAAUAAAAAUGCAAGGAUCAUAAGCAGAAAGGAUUUUGCAAAACCUAGAUGGAAAAUCCUCCCUAGAAUCCUGCCAAAAUUCUUAAGUCAAAUUACUCCAAUUCUCUGUUUAAACCAAUGACUGUUAAUUUUUUUUAAAAUAAAAUGGCUUUUUACAUAGAAACUUUAGAUUUGCUGAAAAGUCUCUCCUCUUACAUGAGAGUGGACUCAGUGUGUUUUAAAUUAAUCUUAAGCAAUGUAGUGCAUACAAUUUAAAACCUGAACUUUGGGCUGCAUACUUCUCUGCCUUUGCUUUUAGCCAGAUUCCUUGUCUGUGACUUUUCUAGAGCUGUAGUUUUGUCAGAUGAUUUGAUCAACCAUCAUCAAGAAAUGGAUUGAAGUCGGGAACUAGAAAAAUGGAUCCAACAUGAGAGAGAGAGAGCCCAGUUUUUACAAGUUGUGAAUCAGGACAGAAUUUGGCCCAGCAUGUGAUGGAUAGCCUGGUGAAAUGUCGACUGAGAGACAUACUUUCCUCUAUCUGCAUGUACCUGAAGGAUGAAAUUUCCACGGAGGAAGAGGAAUUGUUUAGGGUGGUUGUAAGCAGAUGGAGCUCCCAUUCUGAUCCAGAAAGAGCCUAUACCCCACCCACUACAUUUAGUCAAAAUGUACUCACUUUCCAGGAUUUAGGUCUUAUUAAUAACAAAUUGCAACAAAAUGCAAACACCAACCUAAGCCUAUCUGUUGCUGUGAUUUCCUGCAGAUAACUUCACUGCCCUAGGCCACCAUGUCCUCUGCCCAAAGAGACAUCCCACCUCCCUCAUUUCCAAGAUGGCGUCACACCUGCCACAAUGAGUCAGCAGAAAUCCAUUCUUGUCUCCCUCCAGGGUUCUGUCAAUGGAUGAAUCCUGCCACCUGCUGCUAAAGUGGUAUAAGGGAGUACGGUAUAGUCUGAGGUCAUGGGCAUGAAAUUAAGAAAAGAAAUUAUGUAGAUUUUUCUAAAGGUGCAGUGUGUUCAAUUGUGGAAUUGUCUCCUCAGAUGGUUUGGAACACUCAUUGCUUGAGACAUUUAAAACUAGAUUGAACAAAGCAUGAGAAAACACAGUGCAGAGAAAAAUCCAGUAUUUGGAAUUAUGGACUAGGUGACCUAAAACUGUUGGUAUGUUCCAUCUGUAAUGUUUUGGUUCUGUGAUUGAUAGAGUAGGUAAAUUAUUUUUUUCUCUUCUCCACUAAAUUUAAUGACGAGCUAAAGCAAAGUAAGAAAUUUAAAUUAUGAAAUCAAAAGCCAAAUUCAUCCUACAACAUGAUACAUUUUUGCUUGUUAGAAACAUUUGACCUUUUAUCACAUUUGUUAUACAACAGUGGAGGAGUUAUUUGAAAAGUAAACACAAGAGAAAAAUUAUUUCCAACUAAGGAGAGAGAAUAUAUAUAAUUUACCAGCAGGAUGUAGCUGGACCUACAUACUUAUAAAGAAAAACAGAUUCUUACUGUUUUGUUGUGAGUCGAUGCAGUGGCAGAGAUAGUCUGGGGGAGAGUGGGUGACUGCUACCCCAAAGUAGCUUUUAGGUGUAUGUGUGCCACCUUUUAAAGCCAACGGGAAUAAUUGAAAGUAGCACCACUAGUGACUCCAUAGCUCCACCACUGCUUAAAGCUUGGCUCUGCUACUGAGUUAAUGUGGUAGUAGGAUAGUCUUGAAUAUUUAGGGUUUGAUCCAAACCUGAUUGAAGUCAAUGGGAAUCUUUCCAUUGACUUCAGUGGGACUUGGAUCAGGCCCUUAGUCAUUGUAGUGCUAACUUAUUUACUGGGCUAAAGAAAUACUGAACUGAUCAACAACACAAAUUAAUAUUACUUAAGGGACUAAUGUUCAUCAUGCUACAGGCAGCUCUGCUUACUAAGCAUAAAAAGGCAGAGGCUACAGCUAGCUACGUGUUAGGGAAAGAUGGCAAGGCUAUUUACAAGUGUUCGUUUUUUAAUAAAAUGUUUAUUGGUUUUGUGCUAUAUUAGUCAUGCAUAAAACUAAUUUUUAACUUGUUUUCAUAAACCUAAAUGUAGCCAACUUCAUUUUCACAUGACAUCUCAAACCCAUUAAAAUCUGUUCGAGAUGGCUGUAAACUUCAGGUAAUUCUCAGUUGCCUUGUAAUCUCAUAUUUAAAUAAGAACUGGCAAACGAUGCCAAUCUGUGUGAUAUAGAUUUUGUAUUAAAGUGCGUAACCAGCUUUCACAGCUAGCAUUGAGUUAUAUGUGGAUCAGAAACAAAUCUGAGUCUUCUUAUGUUAAAUAGUUUGAAAUUAGAAAUUGUAGAGACAACUUUCUGGUUGAUACAGACUUGCAAAAUUCUAGUAUUUCCAAAGGAGGUUUACAUUAGAUAUUUUUACAUUUCAGGGGGCCAAAUCUUGAAGUCCUUAUUCUGUUUUUAUUCCGUCACAACUCUUAAGUCAAUAAAAGUUUUGAAUGAAUACUGUUUCAGAAUUUGGGCUGUGGUCAGUUUCCGUUUGAAGACAGAAAUGAGAGAAUAACAGGUCACUGCAAUAUACAGUGUGCCUAUGGUUUUUUGGAUGCAAGAGUAGCCUCCAACUAUUAUUCCUCAGAGCCAGUGUUUUUUUAGUCUUGACAUGUUGCUUUAGUCUGUAUUUUGGAAUGAGGUUAUGGCUUGGUUUAGGAGCAUAUGUGUUUGGUAAAUCAUGAUGUUAGCUUUUUGUGGUUGCCCUUUUUUGUUUGUGAAAUGUUGCCAUUCUUUUUAAAUAUUUGGAAAAAUUACAGAGUACCAAAAAAUAACUCAGAACAAUAAGUCUCAACACCAAUUAUAAUUCUUACCAACUGUUGUUUAAAAAACUGGCUGGUUUAAAAACAAAAAAAAGCUACUAUAGUAAGAUCUGAAUCUAUCACUAAUCUGCUCUAAUAAUAAUGCAGCACUUCUGUGUGAGCCAGCUAGACCUGACUUGUCAAGAGACUGGCUUCAGCAGGAUAGCCAGUAGCUGGGCUAAAGCAUAAGCUGCAAUUUGAAUAUGUUAUAUGGAAUUUUUGUAUGCACCAUAGCUCAAGACUGACCAUCCAGUUGCAGGUGGCAUGUUUUCUGGGAUGUCAUGAAUUAGUUACUUUAGAAAAAUUGUAUUAAGGAAUAGUUUCCAUAUAUACUGUGUGUAUGUGUAGAUAUAUAAAUAUAGUUUUAUAUUUUGUUAUAGUGACACAUAGUACUUUUUUCACUGCUAUAUCUGGUUCACAUAUACGGCAUAUUGUAUUCUGUAAGUAUGUAUUAUUUUAUUAGUGAUCAUUUCACCUUUCUGAAUUUAAGGUUGAAGAUAGAAGGUAGCAAUAAGAGGGAGAUAUAUGUAGGUACAUUGUUGACUUGCCAUUUUAAAGCAUUAAAUGGCAUAUUACUGAAUAUAAAUUUGCCAUGCAGGACAAGGAAAUCUGGAGAACCAAUUAUGAUCCAUUAACUGGCACCAGUAGAUGCAAAAGUCACACCCUCAAAAACGAGAUUAAUUAGGUGAUUAUUUUUAUUCGUGGUACAACAGGUCAGUUUGAAGUGCUGCAUCGUAACAUAGGUCUGCAUUAUUUAAUAAUAAAAACUACCUAUCAUUAUUUCCCCAUUUUAUGUUGCUCUCCAGUGUACUUGGUAAUUAUCAUGACUAGAUAGCUUGUACAUGAAAGCACUCUGAUUCGUAAUCAGACCUUGAUUAUAUAUGUUACUAUCCUACCCUUAAUUAUUUAAACCAGAUCCAGUGACCAAAUGUCAGUGUAAAGUUGUGUGCUAAGUACUAUCACUCUGUUUGUUUAUGUAAGGGCUUUGACAGGGCUGGACCCACUCGCUAUGUGUAUGGGAUGCUGCAAUCUGUUAAUACUUUAUCUUCUGUUUACACAUUAAUUGUAUAAUAUCUAAUAAGAUUUUUGCCUAAAAAGUAGUUCUGUUUUUAUUUAACCUUCAGUGAUUAAUACUAAUAAAUAUUUUAAAUACUUCU